AUGACUACGGAUGAUAAUCCAUCCGACGAUCGCAAUGAAGACAAUGAUCCAACCGAAACGACGUCGUUUCAGACGCAUUUGGCAAACACAAAGCGUUCUAUCAAGGUGUUUAAUGUGAUCCGGAUGCUCAUUCCUUUAUCUGUUUACGCCUCAUUCGAUAUGGAAUUCCCCGGUACCAUCUUUCAUCCUAACGUCCCCAAACACUUACUCUCUUCUCUAAAUCCGAUAACAAACUAUUUAUAUUUAAAGGCGAAUGUAGAUGCAAUGAAAUUGAUUCAAGUGGGCCUUACUCUCUCAACUGUUCCCGACCCUUAUUCUGGCAUCGUUACUUCGUACGUUUGGCAAUUCAAUUUAAGUGAUUUCGAUGCGGAUUCUGAUUUUGAUCACCGAAACCCUAACUCUAUUGCACUUUUAAGAGAGAAUGGAAUUGACUUUUCCCGGAACAAAUUUGAAGGUAUUAAUUCAAGUUUAUUCGGAAGUCUUCUAAUCUCGUCUGGCCUUUUGUGCGGUGUCUCUCAUCUGAAUUGGGUCACCUUUCACGGUGCCUACGAUUUUGGCUUUCUUAUCAAAAUUUUGACUCAAAGACCCCUUCCCCCCGAUUUGAUCACAUUUAUGAGAUUGGUUAGGGGUAUUUUUGGAGAAGUUGUUUUUGAUUUGAAGCACAUUGUGAAAUUUUGUAAGGGUCUCUAUGGAGGGUUAAGUCGAUUGGCGGAAACCCUAAAUGUGGAUAGGAUUUCAGGUCAGAGCCAUCAGGCUGGGUCUGAUAGCCUUUUGACAAUGCAUGUGUUUUUUAAGGUCAAGGAAAUUCACUUUAAUGGAUAUCUUGAUUUUCACCUUAAUCGGUUCAAGGGAAUCAUUCACGGACUUGAAUUGCCGAUCGAGUUUCAACCUCAUCCAAUGUUGACGAUGCAUGCUUCACCGCAAUCACCUCAUGUUAGAGGAGCUAUUUAUAAUGGAUUAACUUUUUUAUGGGUUGUCAAAAGGAGCCGCAUAGCAUUUAAUGCGAUUGAAGCUUCCCAAGGAAUAAUGCAGCGCCAGCUCAAACUAGGUAACUGUUCACUUGACAACUGUGCUCUUGACGGUUGUACUCUUGACUGUUACCUGCUCCUUGAAAAUUGUUUUUGA